CCCUAACACAUUAAUCCAUUCUUGCCUUUUUUUCACUUCACCGGAAUUGACUUCGCCCAAUGGGAGGGCGAAGUCAAGUUCAUUAUUUUAGGUGAACUGGACUUUCGGGCGUAAUAAAAUUAUGGUGAACCAAACAGCGGAAGUGGCUAGUUUUCACCGAAAAUCACUUCCUCCAUCGCAUGUCCACCCCACUUCCCUCGAAACAAACAAGGGCGAAGUAGUUUUCGGCCAUAAAUGCCCACUUCUGUUGUUUGGUUUGCCAUAACUUUACUUUGGUCGAAACUCAGACUCUCUAAAAUAGCGUGAUUGACUUUGGGCCACCCCAGGCCGAAGUCAACUAUGGAAAACAAAGAAAAGUGAGGAAAGAAAGAAUAAAAUAUCAACCAUCUCUCACACUUCCAGCUUUUAUAUUAUUUUCUACCAAACGAACAGCAAAACUGAGGGAGCUUUAGUUUCAUAGUCAUACAAACAAACAACGGAAGAAAAGUAAUUUUUAUAUAAACUGUAGUUCACUUGAAAAUUUGCUUCAAUUUGAACUUCACUUCGGUGAAACAAGCCAGCCCGAAAGGAAGAAAAUGGGAGACUAACUUUCUCUGCCUUUCUUUCUACUUUUGGAGAGAAAAAGUGAACCAUUAUGGAAGGUCAUUUUCUCUCCGUUUCUCUCAAUUUCUCUUUUUUUCUUUCCUCAAGUUUUGAGCCAAACAAGAGCGACUAUUUUGUAUAAGAUCAGUAUGUUUUCUCGACCGUUUUCUAUAAUAUCAGUAUGUUUGGGUAACAUGGUAUCAAAGCCAAUUUUAAGCCAUCUCAGAUGUUAGAGGUUUUAAAAUUCGAUUCCCCACAUCCGUUAUUUAACAGUAUAGAUUCUUGACGGUUGUCUCUUUCGUUAUAUUUUCUAUUACUGCAUGUGGCGUGGUUCACUUGAUCUCCACCAUGCACGUAAGGAUAUUAAGAGGCUUCAUUUAGAUAGGGAGAAAAGGGGAUAAAAGAAAAGAAAUUAGGAGAAAAAAAAAAAUGUUUUCUCUUCUUUGGAUUGAAAGAAAAGAAAAAUAAAGCGAUAAUAACCUUCCAUAACUAUCAAUUUCUCUUCCCUUCAAAAGUGGUGAGAAACGGAGAGAAAAGUAAUUAUCUUUUUUUCUUCCCUUGAUCCAAAAGUUUAGGGGAGAAAAUUACUUUCUUUUCUUUUCUUCUCUCUUCUUUUAUUUUCUCUUUUUUUCUUUCCUAUUGUCUUCAUCCAAAUGAAGCAAAAGAUUAUUCCUGGACAAUUUCCUAUUAGGUAUAUCUUCUGAGCAGUACAUAGUUUUCUCUUUUCAUGUAAAAUUCUAAGGUCGGAAUUUAAACUUAUCUAUAUUCACUCUUUAAUAGGAAACGUGACAAUUAUUUGUCUUUUUUUUAUUUAAUUAUCUGAAGCUGGAAAAUUGGGUGAUAACUUUUGAAAACUAUCUGAAAUUUUACGAAAUCAAUUAGUUUUGACCUAGUUUGGAUUACUGAUAACAGAAUAAGGUGUCUGUAUCGGUAGAUGGUACACAAAAUCGCCAUAUUCUGUUUCCUUUUGCAGUAUCUCAUGAAUUUAGAAGCAUCCAAGUUUGGCUUUCUCGUGCAUGUCUAGCAUCUUAAGAUUCUGAAAUAGCUAGUUUCUCUCCUUUCUUAGCUCCUAAGGUGUCACUUUAGACUCGCUAUAUUGCUUUCAGUUUAUAAUAUGCACCGACAAUGUCGAGACUUCCCCUAUGCAUAGUGGGUUACCUCAGAUAAUGAUUUUUCAGAAUUAAGAUUCAUCAUGUCUACUGGAGUUAUGUUAGGUGACUAUAAUAGACGGAUGUGAUACAUAGUAAAUCCCAAAAAGAACUCCAUGUUUACAAAAGGAAUCUUGAAGUAAACAUGGAGUAAGAUUUAGCGAAAAGAUCCGACAUCAGGAACUCGACUCUCUCUCUUGUGUGAUUCUCUAGUUUUGAGUUAUACCGGAAGAGCAUUUCUAGAACUAAAUCUAGAGAAGCAUUGAUAAAGGCAUGAAAUAUGUCUUUCCAUCUAUGCCUAUAUAAGUCUUUACAUUACCUGCGUUUCAGGGAAUUACUUUAGCAGUUUUGUUUGUUUGUGCACUUCUCCAUGUGGCUUCUUACCAUAUUCAUCCGAUCCAUGGAGCAAGCACUGAAUGAGGGAAAAAGUUAGCAGAAUGUAUCCUAUAGGACACCUGGGAAAUGAGCUGUCGGAUAGCACUUUACAUUGCUUUAAGAUCUGCAAAAGUGCUAUCCGACGGCUCAUACCCUGAGUGUCUUAUUGGGUGCAUCUACUGAAAUUUCUUUUCCAUAUUGAGUUUCUUACUUUCAAACCUUAGGAUUAGUUCUCAUUAAGUUAUCAAAUUUCAACACGCGGGAAUCUCUUUUGUCAAUGAUCAAGGAUAUAAAAUAAGAGACAAAUGUUAUUAAUUAGGAUGAGCAUUGACCUCCCUUUAAGCGUUGAACCGCUGGGAUGAAAUGAUUAGUUGUGGACCAUCAGCUUAUUUUCUUCACUUUCAACAAAACGGCGAUAAACCAUAUCUGAGCUAAAAACUAGUUGAGUUAUUCAUCUGUCUUUGGCUGAUUCUUAGAUUUGCAUUUUUACCUUCUUUGUAUGAUGCAUGCUGGGGCUGCACCAAUUUUGAGCAGAGGAAAAUCAAAAAAUAUGGCAUAUAAUUCUAGGCUUGUGUCAAUAGAAGCUGAUAUUGUCAGAUGGUUCAAAAGACUGUUCCAAAGCCUAUUCUGUUUUUAUGGAUCUACCUUAACUUCAGCACCUGUUUGUUUCGUGGAUAAUUCUGCCGAACAACAUUUUUUUUUUUUUUUUGAACCUUUUGGAGCUAUGAUUAGCAGUUGUAGCAUAAGUUGUUCUAUGUUAAACUAGGAUGUGAAGGGAUUAAGAUUAUGCUUACGGUUUGCUUAAAAAAUUGCUGGAUUUCGUCAUCGUCAAUUAGCAAAAAUAGAGGAAUAAAUGCUGGUAUGCGAUCAAGUAAUCCUGAUUCCUGAGACUAUCACAUAAUAUGAUAAUUCUAAAGGAAAGUUUAGUCCACGUCUAAUGUGCAGUGUUUGCAUCUCUGAGGAUUUGAUUCAUCCUUACCUUAUUCCGCUCCCGGUAUUGGUUAAUCAUACUGAAUCUACUGCUUUUCCAGAUGGAAGCAAAUUCUUCCGGUUCCUCAAGAUCGCGGGCGUCGGGUUCAAAGCGAGGACCGAAUCGGAGGGCCGGCAGCUGUUCCUGAAACUGGGCUACAGCCACGAGGUGGAGUUCGCGGUCCCUCUGGCCGUCCGCGUCUUCUGCUUCAAGCCAAACAUCAUAUGCUGCACCGGUAUCGACAAGGAGCGGGUGCACCAGUUCGCGGGGGCGGUCCGGAGUUGCAAGCCCCCUGAGGUUUACAAAGGGAAAGGGAUAAUGUACAUCGACGAGGUCGUGAAGAAGAAGCAAGGUAAGAAGUCGAAGUGAUUGCCGGGAAUUCGAAGUGCAAGUCAUGCAGUGUUUAGGCUCAUUGAGAAGCAGAUCAAUUGCAGUUUUUUUUUUUUUUUUUUUUGUUCGCGUCGAUUUGUGUAAUGCUCAAUUUGAGGAUCAAAUUGGUGUUAUGUAAUAGUUUCUGGUGCUAGUAAUUUUACAAGCCUUAAUGGAGAAAAAUUCUGUAUUAUUGAAUGAAUGGAGAUCCCCAUUGAAAUAGGCUCCUAAACUCUCUUCUUUCUUCUUCUUUUUUUUUCCUUUUUUUUAAUGAAUUUGCACUCCCUUGUAUUUGUUUUAUGCGAUUCAAGAGUUAUUUUCAUCA